UGACUUUCUGAGAUUCGGCUUCCCAUUUCCGCAGCCAGAAAUUCCCCCGACCAGAGAACACAAUAAACAGAGAAAGAACGAUAGAAAAGAUUAAAAAAAAAAAAUCACAGAAGCAAAAGAGGGUUAGGGCUUCCACGAAAAUUUCCUUCGGAGAUCGAGUAGCCCUAACCCCUUCCCCCUUUCAAUAUCUUUUUCAAAUUAGGGCAUAGUUGUUCUCAUCCAUGAAAAGAUUGCCAUACAAAAAUUAGAGGAAUAGAUUAAAUUGAAGAGGAAAAAGGAAAAAGAGCAAAAUGAGUGGUCAAAUGGCUCCACCUCCUCCAGUUCCUCGCCGGAAUAGUUCGGCUCAGAAACGGAACAAUCCUUCUACUCUUCGGAAAUCCUCGAAUUCGUCGGAAAAUGGUUCCGUCAACGUUAAUUCUAAUAGCAACAGUGGGUCGCUUACAAAACCUACUUCCCCUGCGCACUCAUCUGGAGGAGGGGAAAGGACGGUGAAAAAGCUGAGGUUGUCAAAAGCACUUACAAUUCCUGAGGGGACAACUGUAUCUGAUGCAUGUAGGAGAAUGGCUGCUAGGCGUGUUGAUGCUGUGUUGCUGACUGAUGCUAAUGCGCUGCUCUCUGGCAUUGUCACUGAUAAGGAUAUUACGACUAGAGUUGUAGCUGAGGAGCUGCGACCAGAGCAGACAAUAGUUUCAAAAGUCAUGACGAGGAACCCAAUUUUUGUAACUUCAGAUUCGUUGGCAAUUGAUGCUCUUCAGAAGAUGGUCCAAGGAAAGUUUCGACACCUUCCUGUUGUUGAAAAUGGGGAAGUUAUAGCUUUGUUGGACAUCACAAAAUGCCUAUAUGAUGCUAUAUCCAGAAUGGAGAAGGCGGCAGAGCAGGGAAGUGCAAUUGCAGCAGCUGUAGAAGGGGUGGAACGACAAUAUGGAAACAAUUUUUCUGCUCCAUCUGCUUUCAUAGAAACGCUUAGGGAGCGCAUGUUCAAGCCUGCUUUGUCAAGUAUCAUGUCCGAGAAUUCCAAGGUUGCAAUAGCAGCACCAUCAGAUCCUGUUUAUGUUGCUGCAAAAAGGAUGCGAGAAUUGCGUGUAAAUUCCAUAAUUAUUAUGACAUCCAACAAAAUUCAGGGGAUAUUAACUUCAAGAGAUAUGCUUAUGCGUGUUGUAGCCCAAAAUCUGUCUCCUGAGCUGACUCUGGUGGAAAAGGUGAUGACACCAAAUCCUGAGUGUGCUACACUAGAUACAACCAUUCUUGAAGCUUUGCAUCUAAUGCACGAUGGAAAGUUUUUACAUCUUCCUGUAGUAGACAGAGAUGGACAUGUUAUUGCCUGUGUAGAUGUUUUACAGAUAACUCAUGCGGCUAUAUCCAUGGUUGAAAGUGGUUCUGAAUCUGUCAAUGAUGUAGCGACCACUGUGAUGCAAAAGUUUUGGGAUUCAGCACUAAAUAUGGAGCCUCCAGAUGAUUAUGACACUCAAAGUGAGCUGUCUAUGUCUGCAUUGAAUACGUCUGAUGGGACAGAAAAUGGGAAAUCUCCAUAUCCAUGUCUUGGUCUUGGGAAUUCAUUUGCCUUCAAAUUUGAGGACUUAAAGGGUCGUGUACACAGAUUCAAUUUUGGCACAGAGAAUUUGGGUGAGCUUGUUUCUGCAGUUAUGCAGAGGAUUGGAGCAGCUGAUGAUCAAAAUCGACCUCAACUCUUGUACGAGGAUGAUGAGGGUGACAAAGUUCUCCUAACAGCUGAUACUGAUCUUAUUGCUGCUGUUAGCCAUGCCAGAUCAGCCGGACUAAAGGUCUUGAGACUACACCUAGACGACUCAGAUACAUGCCAAAGUAAGUCCGAACCAGAGAUUAGUAUGGCCACUGCUGAAAAAUCUGGAUUUUUCUCUCUUGGGAUGGGGAUUUUUGCAGGAGCAGCUGUUCUGACCAGUGUAGGUGUGGUGGUCUACCUAAAGCGUGCAAACACGUGAUUGAUAUGAAAAGGAGCCAAAUAUUUUAGAUUAAUCUGUCUAUUAACAAAACGUACCUUUAGAACUGUUAAUGGAAAAUUAACCCUUGUCUAGUCACUGUAGUUUUUAAAUGUCAAACCGAAUGUAUGGGUGAACAACUCGUGUGAAUAGGUAAUAGUUAUUCAGCAAAAAGAGCACAAAGGAAUGACAGUGGUAUGGCCCAAUGGAGGCUGUUUUGAUCUUCUUGUAAUAAAAAGUUUUGUAAAACUCCCAAAGAAACGAGUUUACAGGUGAUGGGAUCUGUUCCCCAGUUCACUUUGUUGGAGCAUUUGCAUCAAGCACCGAUUUUUCGCUUC